AUGGAAUUUCCGCUGUCGUCCUCAUAUGCCGCACUGUUUUCCAUCGCAGGGCUUGCGCUGGUUCUCCUAUUCUCCAAGAUCCGAGGUCGUAAAUCUCUGCCAUACCCUCCUGGGCCUCCUGGGGAGUUUCUGAUUGGGCAUCUUCGCGUCGUGCCAUUUGAAGACUCACACACAGCAUAUCUCAACUGGGGCAAGGAAUACAACAGCGAUGUAUUAUAUUUCAAUACAUUGAGACAACCAAUCGUCGUCUUAAACAGCCAGAAGGCAGCGAAGGAUCUGUUGGACAACCGAGGUUCUAUUUACUCUGACAGGCCAAAGUUCGAGCUACUCAAGUUACUAGGAUGGGGAAUGACUUUGACAUGGCUUCGCUGGGGCCCCAAAAUGCAGCAGCAUCGAAAGAUCCUUCAGACCCCCUUCACCAAAUCCAAGAUCUCCCAAUAUCAGAACUUGCAACUCGAGCAAACACACCAUUCUCUGCGUGGCAUCCUGGAGAAUCCUCUGCAUUGGGAGCUUGAGCUGAAACGCUUGGCAAUUGCCAUCACAGCUGAAAUUGGAUAUGGCGUUAAAGUUGACUCUGUUUAUCACCCAUGGGUGAAGCUUUCUGACGACGCUGGAUAUGCGACUUCACAUGCUGGUGCUCCCGGAGGCUCCCUGGUAGAUCGCUUCCCACCUGGCUGGUUGCCAGGGCUUCACUCUGUGAAGUAUGCACAUGACAACAAGUUUGCGAUCACAAACAUACACGAUAUACCUUAUAACGGAGCAGUGAAGGAAAUGGAAAAAGGACUCAGCGGGGAUUCCUUCAUUCACAAUUUGCUCUACAAGUAUAGGAUGAACGAGAAAGCCGGCCUGCGGAACGAGUUCACACUGGCAGAUAUCAAGGGCUCUGCUGGUGCGAUAAUCAUCGCAGGCUCCAAGACUACAAUGACAACACUUGUGGUUUUUGUUCUGAUGAUGAUGUGCAAUCCGGAAAUACAAAGGAAGGCUCAAGCUGAGAUUGAUGCCGCGAUUGGAUCUGAGCGACUUCCAGGAUUUGAUGACUUGGAAAGACUGACAUACCUGAACUAUAUCAAACAGGAGGUAUUCAGAAUUGCCCCGCUUUCGCCUCUUGGAAUUCCCCACGUGAAUCUCACAGACGAUACAUACAACGGGAUGUUCAUCCCCAAAGGAUCGAUCAUCUACCAAAAUGUCUAUGCGAUGCAUCGUGACGAAUCAAUCUACUCAAAUCCUUAUGAAUUCGAUCCAGACCGCUACAUUCCGAAGGAUCAAGGUAGAAGAGGGGAGCCCUUUCCGAACGGCAACUUUGGUUGGGGACGUCGUGUGUGUCCCGGUCAAUUCCUUGCGAACAACACGUUGUCGUUGGUUAUGGCCACUUUCGUGUCAACACUUAACAUUGAUUGGCCCAUGGGACCUUCGGGAAAGCCAACACCAUUCACCCCAGAAUGGUCAAAGAUAGGACUAUAUCAUCCUAAGAAAUUUCAAUGUUCAAUCGAGCCACGCCGGGAUAACGUGAGAGAGCUCGCCUUGAAGACUCUUUGA